AAGAAGCUCGAAGCUGACGACUGUAAGGAGUGGAUCAUUGGCCAUCUGAAUGACUAUUCAACUAACAUAUGCCGAAGGGCUUGUUAUCGCUUCAUUUGUGGUUUCGGUUGCGAUGCUGGUGUUUGUGAAGAAAGACAUCGACCAUGGCCUUACAUACCACGUAUGGGAUAUUCCGCAGGAUACUUACCACAUCGGCGAACGUCUGUAUGGUCUACUGGCGUAUUUGACGUUUAUUCUGAGUGUCAGCUUCGCCAAGAUGUCCAUGCUGGUCUUGUACCUCAGACUUGCACCACACGAAUGGUUCCGUUGGACUUGCUUUACGUGCAUCGGUGUCAUCGCAUGCUAUUCGGUAACGGCGGCGUUCGUUGAAUCGUUGGCCUGUAGGCCACUUCAAGGUAUCGUUGAUGAGAGUCUAGAUGCUGAGUGUUACGACUCGUACCCGGCUUAUAUAACUCUGAGCAGUCUAAACAUCGGGAUCGAUAUCAUUAUUCUUUUAUUGCCAAUCCCAUUGGUAAUCCGAAUGCAGCUCCCCACUAGACAGAAGAUCUCGGUGAUCUUACUCUUCGCAACUGGCAUCUUUGUGUGCGCCGUUGCUCUCAAACGAGUUAUUUAUAUACCCGUCCUGGAGGCGAGUGAAGACUACGAUUGGGACGCGGUACCUGACAUGAUACUCUGUUUUCUCGAGGUGAACUUUGGCAUCGUAUGCGCCUCAGUCCCCGCAGUCCGGCCCUUCUUCAGCCGCCUGCUUCCAGUGCUCAUAGGGUAUCGAAAAUACAGCGACCCAGGGUCAUCGGGACCGGAUAGCGCUAGGCCGAUCAACACGGUCGAACAGAAGAACAUGGAAAGACAGAAUCUGAAACACCGUAAUAUAGGACCGGGCGAAUCAUACGACAUGUCGUCAUAUAGUGAAGGCAGUCGGAGUUUAGAAAGUCCGGAUGAGGAGUCCCGGUUGUGGCCUUCGCUUGAUGCGAGUAAAUCUCAUGGUAUGGGCAAUACUUCAACGGCGGUCUGAGGCGAAUUGGUUUUAUUGUAAUUUAGUAUACCCAAUACGGCGUGUAAUCAAUCGCUGAAGCUUUAUGAUGCAGCGCUCGCGUUUGUCGACGCAUACGGCUAUGAUAAGGGUGGCGCUUUAGGAGAUAACGCACCGUUGAUAUUACUCGUGAUAACUGUAUACCUGGCACCGCUUAGCUAUCAUGCUUUAUCAAGAGAGUGGAAAUAGGUAAGAUUUCCCCUGGAGAAACGGCUUCCUCAAUGUGGUUGAGAGCUAUGCAAUCAGGCUCUAGUCUCAUACGCCUACGUCAAAUGAAUCGAAGACCGUAUGAGUUCUCAUAAAUAACAGAGAUACCGUAUGAUAAAUCAAAUCGGCAACCAAUAGCAUCGUCUACUAGACAGUCCAGACAGUGCUAAUCGUAUCGUACCUAGCAGUUUUUUUCUUUUUCAUAAACCUGAGGACCAAUGUGAUAUUUAAUUCCU